CAGCCGGCGGCGGGGCCGGCCGGUGCCCAGCCGGCACGCCUACCCGUGAGGCGGCGGCGGGCGGCGAGCUGGGGCGCCCGGCGGGGACGUUCUCAUCGUCUCCGUUCCCUGUCUUCCUUCCCGCAGCCCCGAUCGGCGCAGCUGUGGACGCCCGUUCCCCGCACCUGCCCGGCCGUCGGGGCCUCAGCCUCUGUCGCCCGCGGCCCGCAUCCGCCGCGGCCCUGAGGGGAGCCCCUUCCCCUCAGCCGCCGGGUGCCAUCACCGAUCCGGGAUGUUCUCCAGGAAGAGCCAUGCCGAUGUCAGGAAAUCCACCCAGAAGGCGCUGGACCCCAAGCGGGAUGUACUCACCCGCCUCAAGCACCUUCGGGCGCUGCUGGAUAUUGUGGAUGGAAGUGAGCUGAAGCAAUUUUUUGAGAGCAAUUAUUCUCAAAUUUAUUUUAUAUUCUAUGAAAACUUCAUAACACUGGAAAAUAGCUUGAAACAAAAAGGGAAUAAAUCACAAAGGGAGGAGCUGGACUCCAUUCUCUUUCUUUUUGAAAAAAUAUUGCAGCUACUACCUGAGAGGAUUUUUUAUCGAUGGCAUUUUCGCAGUAUAGGGUCGAUUCUGAAGAAGCUUUUGCACACUGGAAAUUCUCUCAAGAUAAGAUGUGAAGGAAUCCGACUGUUUCUCCUCUGGCUUCAGGCACUUCAGACUAACUGUUUGGAAGAGCAGAUAUUAAUAUUUGCAUGCCUUGUGCCUGGCUUUCCACCCAUUAUGUCCUCUCGAGGUCCCUGUACACUAGACAACCUCAUUAGUCCUCCUAAUUCCCCAGAUGCUAAGAUUUUUCCAGAAGAAAUAACUCCACUUUUGCCAGCUGUCUCUGGAGAGAAAAUUGCUGAAGACCAAACAUGCUAUUUUCUUCAGCUGCUGUUAAAAUACAUGGUACUUCAGGCUGCAAGCUUAGAGUGGAAGAAUAAGGAGAACCAAGACACUGGAUUUAAAUUUCUGUUUGCCUUGUUUAGAAAAUACUACCUUCCUCACUUGUUUCCAUCCUUUACAAAGCUCACCAACCUCUACAAACCUGUUCUUGAUAUUCCAGAUGUCAGACCAAGGCCAGUGUACAUUGCUGCAACACGAAACAAUGAGAAUGUCUACAGCACAAAGAUCCCAUACAUGGCAGCUCGAGUUGUUUUCAUCAAGUGGCUUGUUACCUUCUUCCUUGAAAAGAAAUAUUUAACUGCUGCCCAGAACACAAAAAAUGGAGGAGAAGUGCUCCCUAAAAUUAUUCAGACCGUCGGUGGUGCCAGCCAAGAUAAAAGCGCCGAGCUGGAGGGCAGCAUGCCGUACGCGGGCGAGCCGGAGCGAAGCCACUCCAACAGCAGCACCCUGUCUGACAGGAGGCUCAGCAACUCCAGCCUCUGCAGCAUCGAGGAGCAGCACCGCAGCGUCUACGAGAUGGUGCAGAGGAUCCUCCUGUCCACUCGAGGCUACGUGAACUUUGUUAACGAGGUUUUCCGGCAGGCUUUUCUGUUGCCACCUUGUGAUGUAUCUGCAACGCGCAAAGUGGUUAAGGUGUACCGAAAGUGGAUAUUGCAAGAGAAGCCUGUGUUCAUGGAGGAGCCAGACAAGAAGGAAGACAGCCAGGAUGCUGUGGUCACCUUGGAGGAUUCAGUAGUGCAAACAGAUGGUAAACAUCUUUCCUCUGACCAUUCAGGACAUAAGCGCUCAUCCAGCUGGGGAAGAACCUAUUCCUUUACCAGUGCUGUGAACAGAGGAUGUGUGUUAGAAGAAGAGGACAAAAAUGUUAAAGCUGGAGCUCAAGCUGCCUUACAGGUAUUCUUGACAAACUCUGCAAAUGUUUUCCUACUGGAGCCGUGUGUUGAAGUCCCUGUGCUUCUCAAGGAGCAAGUUGAUGCCUGCAAAGCAGUGCUGAGUAUCUUCAGGCGCAUGAUAAUGGAACUGUCCAUGAAUAAGAGGACGUGGGAACAGAUGUUACAGAUACUCCUUAGGAUAACAGAAGCUGUGAUGCAGAAGCCAAAAGAAAACCACAUGAAGGAUACAUUUGCUCAAAGCAUGUCAGGAUUGCUUUUCCGAACCCUCAUUGUGGCUUGGAUCAGAGCAAACCUGAGUGUUUACAUCUCCCGGGAGCUGUGGGAUGAGCUGCUCAGUGUUCUGUCUGCCCUGACAGACUGGGAGGAGCUCAUAAAUGAAUGGGCCAAUAUUAUGGACUCCUUGACAGCAGUGCUAGCAAGAACUGUGUAUGGAGUGGAAAUGACCAACUUACCCUUGGACAAGCUCAGUGAACAGAAAGAAAAAAAGCAGAGAGGCAAAGGUGGCAUUUUAGAACCUCAGAAGACAGCUGUAGUGGGAAGAUCUUUUUCAUUAAGCUGGAAAAGUCAUCCUGAAGUUGUGGAGCCAAUGAGGUUCAGAAGUGCUACAACCUCCGGAGCCCCGGGAGUUGAGAAAGCAAGAAACAUUGUUCGUCAGAGAGCAACAGAAGUUGAGGAAUCUCAACAGCUGGAAAAUUCAACAGGAACAGAAACUACAGGCCUGUUUGCAGACCAAGAGCAGCAGCUAACUCGAAGCAGCAGCACUUCAGAUAUCACAGAUCAGUUUCCAUCUGAUUUUUUCCAAGGUAAAAAGGCUGGAAGUUCUUACAAUUUAACUUCAGACUCCAAAUCAGUUCAGGAGAGUAAGGGAUAUACAACAAAGGAACAUGAAGCUGAGCAAGCACUGGAAGGAAGGAGCAUCAGCACAGCUGAAUUAGAUCUGAAAGCAGACGUGCAGCAAUUGCAUGGAAAUUACAGAGAGAGAGAAAAAAGUGCAAGCGUGAGCAGCGACACGUCGGUUGGCUAUAACAACGAGGUGGAGAUCACGCUCAUGCCCUGGCAAGCUUCUGAAGAGGACCAUGAAGUUAAUGCCUCAGAAGAUGUUUGUGUGGAUGCUGAUGCACCUCGAUGGCUUCAGCUUAGUCCUUCAGAUACUGCAAAUUUGACAGACAGCAGCGAGUUCCUUGCUGAUGACUGCAGUAUAAUUGCUGGUGGAAGUCUCAUCGGUUGGCAUCCUGAUUCUGCUGCUGUGUUAUGGAGGAGAAUCCUGGGAAUUCUUGGGGAUGUGAACAAUAUUCAGUCACCUAAAAUCCAUGCAAAAGUUUUUGGCUAUCUGUACGAGUUGUGGUACAAACUUGCCAAGAUACGGGACAACCUUGCUAUAAGCGUGGACAAUCAGUCUACUCCCUCUCCUCCUGUCCUAAUUCCUCCUCUCAGGAUAUUUGCCUCAUGGUUGUUCAAGGCAACCACCCUGCCAAAUGAAUACAAGGAGGGCAAGCUGCAGGCAUACAGGCUGAUCUGUGCUAUGAUGACUCGGCGUCAGGAUGUUCUGCCCAAUUCUGAUUUCCUGGUUCAUUUUUAUUUUGUGAUGCACCUUGGCUUAACAAGUGAAGACCAGGAUAUCUUAAAUACUGUGAUAAAGCACUGCCCACCUUGGUUUUUCUUCCUGGGCUUACCUGGCUUCACGAUGCUGAUCGGAGACUUCAUUACGGCGGCAGCCAGGGUUCUGAGCACAGACAUGCUGGAGGCUCCCCGUUCAGAAGCUCACACCAUCCUUGGCUCUCUGGUUUGCUUUCCCAAUAUCUACCAAGAAAUCCCACUCCUGCGGCCCAUUUCGGAAGCCGGCGAGAUCGUGGCAGGGACUGCAGACGUGAAGUGUUACCUCAUAAAUAUUUUAUUGAAGAAUGCUACAGAGGAGCCAAGUGAAGCUGCAAGAUGCAUAGCCAUUUGUGGCCUGGGAGUCUGGAUCUGUGAAGAGCUAACGCAGUGCACAAACCACCCUCAGGUGAAGGAAGCAAUCAAUGUCAUAGGUGUGACACUGAAGUUUUCUAACAAACUGGUAGCUCAGGUAGCCUGUGACAUUCUUCAGCUGCUGGUUUCUUACUGGCAAAAGCUUCAGAAGUAUGAAUCCUCCCUGUCCAGAAAAAUUGCUGAGAUCCUUGUGGCCACUAUUGCAUUUCUUUUGCCAAGUGCUGAAUACUCCUCUGUGGAAGCAGAUAAAAAGUUUAUAGUUUCACUGCUGCUUUGCUUGCUGGAUUGGUGUAUGGCAUUACCCAUGAAAAUGCUACUGGAGCCAGUGUCUGCUGGUGUUCUUGAAGAUCAACAGGCAUCCAAAGCUCCUCUACUGGACUACAUUUACAGAGUCCUGCACUGUUGUGUCAAUGGCUCCAGCACAUACACUCAGCAAAGCCACUAUGUGCUGAGUCUGGCAGACCUCUCCUCCAGCGAUUAUGACCCAUUUUUGCCACUGGGCAAUGUCAAGAGCUCUGAGCCAGCCCAGUGCCACUCUUCCACUGAUCUGGGCAACCUGCUCACUGUUGCUGAGGAGAAAAGGAGGAGGAAUGUGGAGUUGAUACCUUUAACGGCUCGGAUGGUUAUGACUCACCUGGUGAAUCACCUCAGCCACUACCCUCUCAGUGGAGGCCCUGCCAUCCUCCACAGUCUCCUUAGUGAGAACCAUGACAACUCCUACGUGGAGUCCUCCGAGCUCUCCUCAGAAGUCUUCCGGAGUCCCAACCUGCAGCUCUUUGUGUUUAAUGACAGCACUCUCAUAUCAUACCUCCAGAUCCCCGCCGAGAAGACAGCGGCCACUGAGCCCACAGCAGCCCCCUCGGACGUCAGGGUGAUCGUCAGAGAUAUCUCAGGGAAGUACUCUUGGGAUGGCAGAAUAUUGUAUGGACCUUUGGAGGGCUGCCUUCCACGGCAGAGCGCAGCCAACCCAUUUGUCAUCUCAGGCAACCCUGAGCAGCACUUCAUUUCCCAGAGGGAUGUUUCUCAGGUGGAGGAAGGAGAAGAUGCUCUCAACCAGUUGCUGGAGAAGAUUGGUAACACCAGUCCCGAGUGCCUUCUGCAUCCCCAGCGCAAGCUGAACGAGCCAGCGCCGCCACCCUUUGGGAUGAGCUACGAGCAGGAGAAUGCUAUCACUGAAGCCCUGAUGAGGCAGAGUGCCCAGGAGAAAGAGCACAUUCUGAAAUACAACUCAGACUGCAGUAUGAAGGUGGCUCGUCAGGAAGAGCCACGUCCUUCUGAGCCUCAAGCGUCCUUUUAUUUCUGUCGGCUGUUGUUAAAUGACUUGGGAAUGAACUCCUGGGACAGAAGGAAAAGCUUUCAUCUGCUGAAGAAAAACUCCAAGUUGCUGCGAGAACUGAAAAAUCUGGACUCCCGCCAAUGCCGUGAAACUCACAAGAUUGCUGUGUUCUACAUCGCAGAAGGCCAGGAGGAUAAGUGCUCCAUACUCUCCAAUGCCAGGGGAAGCCAGGCCUAUGAGGAUUUUGUGGCUGGAUUGGGCUGGGAGGUUGACCUCUCAACCCACGGUGGGUUUAUGGGUGGCCUGCAGCGCAACGGCAGCACAGGACAGACAGCUCCCUAUUAUGCUACCUCUACUGUGGAGAUCAUUUUCCAUGUGUCCACAAGGAUGCCAUCAGACUCAGACGACUCACUGACCAAAAAGCUUCGUCACUUGGGAAAUGAUGAGGUUCACAUUGUCUGGUCUGAGCACACCCGGAACUACCGCAGAGGCAUUAUACCAACGGAUUUUGGAGAUGUUCUAAUUGUUAUUUAUCCCAUGAAGAACCACAUGUUUUUCAUAGAGAUCAUGAAGAAACCUGAGGUGCCAUUUUUUGGUCCUCUCUUUGAUGGAGCCAUUGUGACUGCAAAGCUGCUGCCAAGCCUGAUAUGUGCCACAUGCAUCAACGCCAGCAGAGCUGUCAAGUCACUCAUCCCGCUCUACCAGAGCUUCUACGAGGAGCGAGCUCUGUAUCUCGAAGCAAUAAUCCAGAACCACAAAGAAGUAAUGACAUUUGAGGAUUUUGCCGCUCAGGUCUUUUCUCCCUCUCCCAGCUACUCCCUGAGUGGAACUGGCUGCCUCCCCAGCAGCACAAGCGCUGAGCUGCCUGUCACCGCAGGGCUGGAGCUGGCGGAGCAGCCCUCGCCCUCGCUGCCGCGCACCUCCAAGAGCAGAGUCUCCGGCAAGCUGCGGCGCUCCGCCAGCGCGCUCGGCAAGGCCUCCAGCUGAGCUGCUGCGGGAGCGGAAUCCCGGCCCAGGGGACCCCAGAGACCUUACCGUGGAUAACGGACUGACAGCCUCUGUGGAACUCGCUGCUGGGCUGGGCGGGUGCUGAGGGGGCAGGGCCUGCUCUGAUGCUCGCAGAGCCGCGGACGUGGUCGGAGCUCACCUGCGCACAGUUCACAAGCCGUGUCCGUCACACGGCCUCCAAAGGCCACAGGAGCUCUGGCCGCUGCUGGCAGCACUUCUCCUCCCCCAGCACCUGUGCACAAGUGCUGGUGUCCCAUCAAGAGGGCACAAACCAGUACUGACACCACUUAGUGAAUGGAACUCUAGAGCAUCUCUUUUAGUCAUUCCGGUCGCCACUCGAUGGUGUUAGGGCCUUGCGUCUGAGUGGGGCCAAGCCUUGUACAGAUGUUCCCCUCCUCUGGGGCACAGGUGAAUGCUGGAGGUGCUGCCCAGCCUGUGUUGAGCCUCUGCUCCCCUCCUGUGUCCAUGUCACACCCAGCUCCAAUUCUGUGCACGUAGCUAAGUACUCACCAAGGAGGUCUCUUACCCACAUCCAGGAGGGCACUGUCAGCUUCCCGUGCACUAAAAUCAGUUUCACCAUGGUGUCUUGCUCAGGGGCCUACAUCACUACCUAGUAUCUAACACCCUGAAGCUGAUGCUGCUGUACCCACUGCUGGGUCAUACCUGGCACAGCACAGCAGAGCCAGGCCCAGGCCUGAGGUGCCAGUUAGCAGCUGCUGUGCCAGUGGGGUCCAACCAUUCACCCCUCUGCCUUGACUUCAGAGGGAAGCCCCUUCCUCUGCCCUGCCUUUGGCCUUGGCAUUGCCCUGGCUGGUGCAUGCAGUGGCUGUGGACUCCUAGAAAAACAACCCCAAAUUCCCUUUGGAAGAGCCAGUGCCUCACAACUGCUUCUCACCAUGCUGUGAAUCAUGAGACAGGCACCUCCUAGGUAACCACCUCCCCUUGUCACAACUUUGGGGCAAUGGCCUGCAGCCUGACUCCUUAGUUAGAAUAAACCCAACCUGAAGGCUUCUGAGGAUGUGCAGGGUCCUGCUGGCCCUUUGGGUAGUACAUAGAGCUUGUACUCCAAGGAGGACAUGUAGCUCAGCCUACGUGGGUCAUAGCUUUGUAGGGGCAAUAACUUUUCAUGGCUAACAUCCCCUGUGUUAAAAAAACUACAGAAGAAACUCAACCUGCAGCCCCUGGGUGUGAACCAGGCCAAGGGCAGAAAUCUAUCACUGCUCUACCCUGAAGGGCCUCAUGAAACACUGACUGGUGCUGGGCCUGAGCUCCCACCCAGCCUGGGCUGUCCUGCUCCUGGCAGCAGGGAUGCAAAG